ACGCGACGAAGAAAAGUUAUGGGUGAGGGUAAGCCGUGCCCAUGUCCGUGUCCGUAUCCGUGCUCGUGCUCGUGUAUCUGUCAUAUUAACAGUUUUAUACAUGCGUAAGCGAAAGACGGAAGUCUCCUCUCGCGUUUUCUGAUUCACGCCGAAUAUAAACUAGGUUAUUAAACGUACGCGACAGAUAUCCAAAGUAUUUGUGCCGCAUUGUCUUCUCGGUUAAUCGGCGAUUUUAAAAUAAUUCGACAUUGAAUCGAAUUUCCUUUGAACGUAACCGUGAAAGGAUGAAUUAUUACGGAGGUAACAACGGCGGAGAUGGUGCGGAGGAUGUGUUCGUUAAGGCGGCAGUCGAGGUCAAACGAUUUCUACCGUCGCUCUUCAAUAUCAAAGUGCUAGGAGAGAAAGGUUCCGGCUUUAGACCACGAGGAGCGAUCCAAGACUUUAACACGCUGAGACGAGAAUGCCUGGCGACAGGACGGCUGUUCGAGGAUCCUGAAUUCCCAGCCGACGAUUCAUCGCUAUACUUCUCCCGCAGACCGGACAGAUACAUAGAAUGGAAGCGACCAAUGGAAAUCGCGGACAAUCCUCAACUUUUCGUAGAGGGUUUCUCAAGAUUCGACGUUCAACAAGGAGAGUUAGGAGAUUGUUGGUUGCUAGCCGCCGUAGCGAAUUUGACGAUGCAUUCCAAUUUAUUCUUUCAAGUAGUGCCAGAAGAUCAGAGUUUCGAAGAAAAUUACGCUGGAAUCUUCCAUUUUAGGUUCUGGCAAUAUGGCAGAUGGGUCGAUGUGGUGAUUGAUGAUCGAUUGCCUACCUGUCGCGGAGAAUUGGUAUAUUUACAUUCGGCCGAAAGCAACGAAUUUUGGAGCGCUCUUCUCGAGAAAGCUUAUGCGAAACUUCACGGCUCUUACGAGGCGUUAAAGGGUGGUACAAGCUGCGAAGCCAUGGAAGACUUUACUGGUGGAGUUACGGAAAUGUAUCAAAUGGAUCAAACACCACCGAAUUUGUUUAACAUACUGUUGAAGGCCUUUGAGAGAAAUUCAUUAUUGGGUUGCUCCAUUGAGCCCGAUCCAAACAUAAUAGAAGCCGAAACACCCCAGGGUUUGAUACGCGGUCACGCAUACAGCAUUACUCGUGUAAAGCAUGUAGAGAUUCAAACACCGAACCAGUACGGUACAAUACCUCUCUUGAGACUUCGGAAUCCUUGGGGAAACGAAGCGGAAUGGAAUGGACCUUGGAGCGACCAAUCGCCGGAAUGGAGAUUCAUCCCCGAUCACGAGAAAGAAGAGCUCGGUCUGACUUUCGAUAUGGACGGCGAAUUUUGGAUGUCGUUCCAUGAUUUUACACGCCAUUUUACUCAACUUGAGAUAUGCAAUUUAAAUCCUGAUUCCUUAACUACAAACGAUAUUGAUGCCGGAAAGAAACGUUGGGAGAUGAGUGUAUUUGAGGGAGAAUGGGUGCGCGGUGUAACAGCAGGUGGUUGUAGAAAUUAUUUAGAGACUUUCUGCCACAAUCCGCAGUAUCGUAUCACAUUAGAACAUCCAGAUGAAGACGAUGACAAGUGUACCGUAAUCGUCGCCCUGAUGCAGAAAAACAGGAGAGCGCAAAAAAGAAUGGGUGCUGAUUGCCUCACUAUCGGAUUCGCGAUAUAUCAUCUGGAAUAUCCAGAAAGGCUGCCAAAACCGCUAGACAUAAACUUCUUCAAAUACAAUGCAUCUGUCGGACGUUCACCGGCAUUUAUAAACUUACGGGAAGUCACGUGUCGUUUCAAAUUACCACCGGGCGUAUACUGUAUAGUUCCAAGUACUUUUGAUCCAAACGAGGAGGGUGAAUUCUUGCUAAGAAUCUUCUCUGAAAACAAGAACAAUAUGGAAGAAAAUGAUGAAGAAGUUGGUAUCGGAGAAGUCGAUGAUAGGGUGAUUAACUCUGUGAGCGGUAAAGAGGAGCACAAUGAAGAUAAUGUUCGCAACGAACCCGAAGAAGAUCGCAAUACCGAAAAAGUUAGGGAAUUCUUCAAGAAACUUGCUGGCGAUGACUUGGAAGUGGAUUGGAUGGAACUCAAAGACAUCUUAGAUUUCGCCAUGAGAAAAGAAUUACUACAAUUGGCGCAUCAUAGCGAGGCACAUGUUCCCGAAACUGUUGAAGGAAAUGAUUCAUUUGUCAACACUCUCAUCUCACUGUUAUGCGGCAUUAUUUGUAAUAAUGAACAAUACAAUAAGCCCAUAGACACUCACGACAGAGGAUUCAGCAAAGAUAUAUGUCGCAGUAUGGUUGCUAUGUUGGAUGUAGAUCAUUCUGGAAAACUCGGCUUUGAAGAAUUCAAGACAUUGUGGAACGAUGUUAGAAAGUGGAGGGCUGUUUUUAAAUUAUACGACAGAGAUGAAUCGGGAUAUCUAAGUGCAUUUGAACUAAGACAAGCGUUAAAUAGUGCAGGAUACCGUUUGAACAAUCACAUUCUUAACAUUUUGGUUCAUCGUUAUGGCAGUAAAGAUGGCAGGAUUACUUUUGACGACUAUAUAAUGUGUGCAGUCAGGCUUAAAACAAUGAUUGACAUUUUCAGAGAGAGAGAUCCAGAUCAAACCAACACAGCCACAUUUACGAUGGAAGAAUGGAUAGAAAAAACGCUCUAUUCAUAAUAUAUAAAUUUAUAUUUAUCAUAAUUUACUUUCAUUUUAAACCCGAGAAGUUUCCUGAUAAUAAUUUAACAAUGGGCAAUCGUAAAUGAGCAGUAUUUGUUGACAUAGAAA